UAGAAUAGAAGAUGAACUCAACGAGAGAAUCUUCUUCGUUUGGAACGACCAUCCCCAAGAUGUAAAGAAUGAGGAUAUGGAUGAUGCUGGGAAUACUGUCCAUGCCGUGUGCUCGUCACCCACCAGCCAUUGUCAGGUCCUUAUCGACUUGUCAAUUCCCCUACAUUGUACGCUGAGCCCCAACCCUUAGCCUCGGCUCUCUUGAAGGUAAACCCCAACGACGAGCUCUCUUAGGAACCUGAGAAAUUCAUCACUCAAUAACCACGACGAAAGUAGCGACCGCACGACGAGGAAACCCAGCCAACUGACUCAUUCAACAAGAAGAAAAUUGAAUAUGCGUCUAACGGAUCAACUCAAAUUCAUCGCACGACUGUCUGGUCUUUCUCAGCGAUCAGAAAGGGACGACCUGCAUGUGUAUGCACCGACAAACGCUCGGAUCGCCAUAGGGGACUAUACGAUCGAAAAAGACAUCAUCGAAAUGAAUAUAGGGAUGUAAUGAAGGUUGAGUGCCCAAAAGCGUGCGACUUAGAAAGCCUGCCCCCUCCAGUCCACCAUCCCUUCUCUUCGAGGACUUUCGUCGCAAAUUCAACUCUGAUUCGCAAGAAGAGCCGAAGGAAAUGAGGCACCUUUAGGGUUGCGUUGAAUCCUAUGCGGCAGAGAGAUUGCGUCAAUAGAGGACAUCGAAGCCGAUGAGCUGCUUAAAUACGUAGGUCGGUUGUUCUU